UAGGUUGUUAAGAUGCAGCUGUGUAUUCAUGUGCACCAUUCACUUGGUGUACACAGUUGUUGGAUGUUGCACUGUGUAAUUGCACACAUAAUUAAAAUGCAGCUUGAGUACUAUUGCACAGAAGGGUAUCACAGUGAGAAAACAGUUGCACAUAAUAGUUGAACAGAGUUUUAAUCCCCACAUGUAGCAUUAUUAUAUGAUCGAAGUAGAUAUUUCAAAGUAGAAUAGCAAAUAUAUUGACACGAGAAGAAUUGAUUAGUAAUUAUGAUUGAUUAAGUGUAGUGUAGUGGAUGUGCUUGGUGCUGACGAGAUCCUCUAAUCCAGUGAUCUGGUAAGAAAUGUGACCGCGGGCUUGUGGGAGCAGGAUCGGUGCUCUGUUUGUAUCUGCCUCGAUGAUCUUGCAGCUCUUCUGGACAAAACCCCUCAUAGAGGGUCCAUCACAGUCAGGGCCCACUGCCCACAGGCGCGCACAGAGCUCCCUUUCUUUAAGAAAAGGCAAUGGGGAAUUCCUUAAGUUGGAUGCUGCAGUGAUGAGAAGCCUUUUCAUCCGGCUGUUUUUCAGAGCCUCCACUGGCUGCGUUAAUUACAGGGCCCGGGGCUGCACUUUGAGCUCACUGCGCUCAUGCAAGCUCUUGAGAAAAAGCCGCGCGUCUGAUUCUCACGGCACAUAAGAAACCCACACACACAUAUACACGCACACACACACACACAAACACGUACACACAACAUACUCAAAUACGCACCGCACUUACGCACACGAACGCUCGCGUCCACCUGAACCAGCGGAACCAGUCAGGAACCAGUCAGCCAGCUGCUGCUUUGGGGACAUUCCUGUCCUGUCUCCUGCAACUUCAGUCCGCGGACAAACACCAGCGGGGACUGACACCGCCGGGAGGACGUGAGCAGUGUGUUGAAGGGAAUUUACGCGGUUAGACUCGAGAGGAUGUGGAGUGCCAUUCCUCCUGCCAGACCUCACUGAAACUUUUCACGGUAAACACAACACAGUGGAGAAGGCGGCGCAGGACCCGAAGCCUGUGCGUCUGUCACCAGAGACGAUGGGAGACUUUCACUAGAUCCACUUCGACACGGAAACACCAUGGCUGUGGACGCAGCUUCCAGUUUCAGUUUCUGCAGGCCAGCUGUAGAGUACAGAGCUCUGCCUGAGGACUUCAAGCACCAGCUGAGUCGACGAACAGGUGGGAAUCUUACCUGGCAUGACGGACGUGGGCAGAAAACAGCAGGAGGCAGGAGAGUGAAGCUGCUGCAGCAGCCGGGGACGGAAGCCCUGCAGUACCGCUCCAGUGACAAUUAUGGAAUAUAUCACACAAGCCCGACGCAGCCCAGCCUUAUCCGGCCUGUCGUGCUCUGGUCACAACAAGAUGUUUGUAAAUGGCUGAAGAAGCACUGUCCACACAACUACCUAACCUACGUGGAGGCAUUUUCACACCACGCCAUCACAGGUCGAGCGUUGUUGCGUCUGAAUGGAGAGAAGCUGCAGAGAAUGGGGCUAGUGCAAGAGACACUUCGACAGGAGUUGCUGCAGCAGGUGCUACAGCUUCAGGUGCAGGAGGAGGGGCGCAACCUGCAGCUGCUCAGCAGAGGAGAGGGUUCCUUUGCAAAGAUAUCGUAGCAAGGUUGCUGGAACAAGUGGAUGCUUAUGGAUUUAUGGACAUGUACUCAUACAGACUCAGAUGUGAAAUGCAUCUCCGGGAUAAAUGCAUCCAGCAAGCAGCGAUAUCCUGACGUACAAUGUUAUGUGGAAGUUGGCAGCUUUUCAUUCCCUCUCUGCACGAUGAACAGACGCAUCAUUAUGGACUGACUAUGAACAGUGAUGAAGAAGCUCCAUGACAAUCUGUUUGUUUUUGUUUUUGUCAUUCCAUUUUGUGUUUAAUUAUUAUGAGCAGUUUCUCUCUUUUUGUCUCUACCUCUGUCUCUCUCUGUGAAACUUUUUUAAUGUCUGAAAGCAGGACCAAUAAAUAAAAA